CUAGAAUUGUCUAUCCGUAGGUCAAAGAGUAUCAAACAAGCUAGAUGGAGAAAUAUGAAAGUUCUCCUGGCGCAGGGUUUCUUCGAGCACAGUGCUCAGAUGCUGUAAGGUGGAGCGUCACUGGGGUAGAAGGAGAAAGAGAUCGUCGGCCAUGAAACUACAGGCGAGUCCGACUUUUUUUUUUUGCUAGAAAUCUGUCUGGGAACGGCCGAGCAUCUUGCUGUAAUCAUUCUCGGAAAUAUCACGGAAUGUCGUCUUAUGGAUCGGUGGGGUGCUAGGCAUCACGGAAUGUCGUCUUAUGGCCAGGAGGUGAACCGGUGGAGAGAUGGAAUCCUCACAGAAGUACUCGAGCUCACUGGAGAAGAUUAACGGAUGAAGACUUCAGCUUGGACACCGAACAGAGAGCAAGGGGUAUCAAACAUUGGAGGUUCAUCAGUCAAUUGGAAAUGGAGUACUAUUGUAUCAAACAAAGAUGUCUCAGCUUUUGGCUUUAAAAAACACUUAUUUUUUCAAAUACUACAACUUUUAUUUUUCUCGGCUUCCACGUCAAAAGUGCUUUUACUUUUUCUAUUACACAAAAAACACUUAUUUCACCAAAUAUUACUCACUUUUACUUUUCAAAAUCACUUUUUUCUCAAACACUAUCAACUUUUAUUUAAUCACUUCUCCCCAUUUCAUUAAGAAAAACAUUUUUUUAAAGCAGAAAUUGUUUCAAACAUAAUAUAAAAAAGUUCGCUUUUCACGUCUCUCUUCCACUACAAUUUUUUCGAUUUUGUUUCGAGACCGAGUCUUGCUAUCUCUCCUUGGGUUAUACUACGUAUGAAUUUCUUUGAAACUCAGAUCUCGCAAGAAUGAAUAUGUUUUUUGUGCGCAUUUCAGAUCGAUAUAGUUCGAUAAACGAAGCUUUCAAGAGAAUAUCAAUUUCAUUGAAAACAAUACGUGUGGGUUGUAUUACACUCCACACGCUGAUAUGCAUACUUAAGUUGAUGAAGGUCUUGCUAUGUGUAUGCUCAUUUUAAUUAAAAACUUUAACACACAAAAUUGCUUUUUAUUUCAUAUGAUUGUCGAUCUUUGAAGCCAUACAAGUAUGUUUUCUUCCUCUUUGAACUAACACACUUGGUCGAAAUUAACAUUGUAUAAAUAUCUAUUCAUUGCUUAAUGCUUCGUAUGAUUUAUCCAAAAAUAAUGGUAUUUGCAUAUACAAUCUGAUCUGUAUAUAAUAUUAUUUUUUACACAAUAUAUAACUUUUAUUAUAUUGGAUCUAUACAUAAUUUAAAGAAUUUAUGUCCCGUGCAUCGCACGGGUGUAAAUCUAGUAUCACUGAAGGAGAUGUGAUUUUUU